AUGAGCGUUCAAGCACGUAUUCUCGUCUUGCCCGUGUGGUCUGACCUCAUUGUGCGAGCGCAACCACCCCCAUCAACCCUAUUGUCCGUCUCAUGUUGUCUGCGACUCUUCUCCGUGCACACCCCCGCAGGCUCCGUCAAAGUCACGGUGGAAGAGCGGUAUGGCCACGCCAUGGCAUCGCACGUUUGGGACGCUGGUAUAUGCUUGAGCUUCUUUUUGCAGACUCAUUACAUCCCCCAUCUCAAUCCGUCUACUUCGUUGAGAGCCAUGGAGAUUGCGUCCGGAAGUGGUCUACUCGGCUUGGUCCUGGCGACGCUGCUUCCCGCUCGCUCGACCUUGGUGCUGACCGAGAAGCCCACUAGCCUUGAACUGCUUCAGCACAACCUCGAGCAGCUCCAGCCCAUCUCCUCAACACAUAUAUCCAUUUGUGGUUUGGAAUGGGGCAAUCAAGUGCACCUGCUUGACCUGCCCCACCGCGACAAAUCAACGGAUCUUCUCGUGCUUGCCGAUGUUUUGUACAACUGGGCCGCGCAUCCUCAGCUCUGGUCUACCGUCGCAGCAGUUGCAUCACCGUCGACUACGAUCUACCUAGCCCACAAACACCGCGCCGCCACCUCCACGGCUGCGCUCCGACACCUCGAGACCUACGGGACAUGCCCUUCCUGUCCGGCUGUGUCCUGUGCGCUCAAUAGUCCAUCGAGUUGCGGAUGGAAGAAUGGGCUGUGGAAACUCCAUCGCUGCGCUUCAUACGGCGCGACAGACAUCUUUCAACUCGUGAUCCAACCUCCACACACUGAAAUGGACGUUUAG